UUAUUUUUUGCAGAGAUGUCUUUGAUUCCAAGCUUCUUUGGCAAUGGCCGCCGGAGCAACGUCUUCGAUCCGUUUUCGUUGGAUAUUUGGGAUCCAUUUCAGGGCUUCCCAUUCUCCUCCGCCGGAGAAACAACUGCGGUGGCCAACGCUCGGAUCGACUGGAAAGAGACGCCGGAGGCCCACUUGUUUAAAGUGGAUGUACCUGGAUUGAAGAAAGAGGAAGUGAAGGUUGAGGUUGAAGAUGGCAGUAUUCUUCAGAUAAGCGGAGAGAGAAGCAAGGAGAAAGACGAGAAGAACGACAAGUGGCACCGCGUCGAGAGGAGCUCCGGCAAGUUCAUCCGCCGAUUGAGGCUGCCGGAGAAUGCUAAAUUGGAGGGGGUGAAGGCGGCGAUGGAGAAUGGGGUGCUGACUGUGACUGUGCCCAAGGAGGAGGUGAAGAAGCCUGAGGUCAAGUCCAUCGACAUCUCUGGUUAAUGUUUGAAUUUUGUCCAACAAGUUUUGAUUUGUCUGGUAGUUGUAAUGAAUAAUAAUGAAUAAUUGUUUGGGAGUGUGAAUUUUUGGUUUUGUGCUUAUUGAAAUAUGACUAUGUAUUAUAGAAAUUCCGGAAUAAAGCCGAACUGGUAAAUAAGAAAUUACAUGUUGCUUUUCACAUUAAUUCAUUU